AAAAUUUAUUUUUGUACUUUGGCACCCACAAAUCUUGGGGAAUGGUUUUCUACUUUGAGAGUACCGCCGUCGCUCCACCGGCAGUACUUUAUAUGGGUGUUGACAAAUACGAAAAUGAAGAUUUGAUAAAAUGGGGAUGGCCGGAAGAUGUUUGGUUCCAUGUAGACGAAGUUUCGUCGGCCCAUGUCUAUUUAAGGCUACGACCAGGUCAGACCAUUGAUGACAUUCCCUCAGCAGUAAUUGAAGAUGCUGCACAGCUUGUCAAAGCCAAUAGCAUCAUGGGGAAUAAAAUGAAUGAUGUCAAUAUUGUAUACACCAUGUGGUCUAACUUAAAAAAAACAACCAGUAUGGAUGUGGGUCAGGUUGGAUUUUUCAAACAGAGCGAAGUAAAAAAAAUUAAGGUGGCUAAACGUGUUAAUGACAUUAUCAACCGACUAAACAAGACCAAGAAGGAAGAACACCCAGAUUUAAGAGCUGAGCGAGAGAAACGGGACAGACUGGAAAGGGAGGAUAAGAAAAAACUGUUACGAGAACAAAAAGAUAAAGAAAAGGAAGAGGAGAAGAGACGAAAAGAAGAAGCAGAAUUAAGAAGUUAUAAUUCCUUAAUGAGUGCAGACAAUAUGAGUAAAUAUGAUGAUGGUAAUGAUUCUGACGACUUUAUGUGAUUAAAUUGUUUAUUCCUAUUAUUCCAGUGUACAACAAUU